AUGCCUAUGUUCAUUCAAGUCCAUUACAAUCCUGAAGAACGCCUAGUUCUAGAGCAUUUGGUUGACCAACUAGCCGAACGAACUUUGGGCCGAUACAAUUUAGAACUACGUAAAAACAUGACUAUAGAUGUGUUCGAUUCUGAUUGCGAUAAUUUUCUUCGUGAUAAUGCUGGAUUUAUUAUAGCAGACAAAUUACGUCUGCAACAGAUUACAAUAAACACUGUUGAGGCGUUGAAUAAAUUGAAUUUGUCAAAAGAAAUAAAAGUAACAAAAGUAAAUAAAGAAGAUUAUGAAUUGUUGUUGGAAUAUGAUGCAACUUUAAGUACUCAUAAUAGAGCAGAAUUUUUGGAAUUUCUUUUUGCUAAAAAUCGAGUUUAUGCCGCGAAAUUGGACAAUAAAGAAACAGAAAAAGUAAAAAAUAUUGAAGGAGAAAAUGAAUUUAUUGAACAAAAAGGGCCAAUACUUGCGGGAUAUUUGGUUGCAUCUAACGAGACAGUUAUGUGUAUUUAUGCUAAUGAUCAAAAUAUUGCAGAAUCUUUAUUGUUUAAAUACAUGCAGGACAGCAAAUUUAGUUUUGUAUGUCAUUAA